AGAGUUCCAGAGGGCGAGCCAGUUUGCUGCUACCAAUGUGAUCCUUGCCCAGAAGGGACCAUUUCUAACCAGACAGAUGCCACUCAUUGUGACUCCUGCCCAGAAGACCAAUAUUCUAAUAAGGACAAGGACCACUGCAUUGCCAAGAAGAUCCACUUCCUUUCCUAUGAAGACACCCUGGGAUACACUUUAGCUAUUCUUGCUCUCUUUUUUUCUGUGAUCACAUCUAUGGUCCUGAUAAUUUUUUUAAAGUAUCAGGACACACCAAUCAUCAAGGCCAACAACCAAGAUCUCACAUACAUCCUCCUCAUCUCCCUCCUGCUCUGCUUCCUCUGCUCUUUCCUCUUUAUUGGUAGACCUGGGAAGCUCACCUGUCUCUUCCAACAAACUUCCUUUGCCAUUCUCUUUUCCCUUGCAGUUUCCUCUGUGUUGGCAAAAACUGUCAUGGUGGUUCUGGCUUUCAUGGCUACCAAACCAGGCAACAGGGCAAGGAAAUUCUUAGGAAAACCCCUGACCAACUCCAUUGUCUUAGCCUGUCCCCUAGUCCAAGUACUUCUUUGUGCCACCUGGCUGGUAACCUCACCCCCAUUUCCCAACAUGGACUUCCAUUCGUUGGUAAAAGAAACCAUUUUGGAAUGCAAGGAAGGCUCAGCUUCAAUGUUUUAUACUGUCCUUGCCUACUUGGGUUUCCUGGCCCUCAUCAGUUUCACAGUGGCCUUUUUGGCUAGGAAAUUGCCAGACAGCUUCAAUGAAGCCAAGUUUAUUACUUUCAGCAUGUUGGUCUUUUGCAGUGUUUGGAUCACCUUCCUUCCCACCUACCUGAGCACCAAAGGGAAGUCCAUGGUGGCCGUGGAGAUCUUCUCCAUCUUAGCCUCUGGGGCUGGUCUCUUGGGUUGUAUCUUUUCCCCCAAAUGCUACGUUAUCCUACUGAGGCCCAAUCUGAAUUGUAUAGAGAAUAUAAUGAGGCAGAAGAACCUCUGA